AUGGAUACUGCUCAACCUAUAACCCUGUCAUCGUUAUCGACUUUUGAAUUUCCGCGAAUCCAUACAUUUCCUCCGCUUUAUACCAAGCAACCGAAUCAAACGAUCCAACAACAGCAACUAGAAUCAUGGACAAACAUAAUUUUAAGCUACUGUGAAUUUUACAAAAUCACUUCAUUGACUAGUGAGGGCCAACCACGGCACUCUCAGUUGUUUUCAAAGGCUCAAUUUAAUUUAUUUCCACUGCUUUUUGAGAAUAAAAGCAUAAACCGGCAUGUUAAUGCAGAUUUUAAAACUACAAUCUUGACUCAUUUGAUCCACACCAAAAAAGCAGAGUACAUAAAUCUGAAACGACCAGAGUUGGGUAUAUUUAUUUAUUGGAGAAGUGUUGUUGAUUGGGGUAACAUCUUGUAUGACUACAUUUCCAACACUGGGCAAAAGGGUACAGUGAUGACAUUAUAUGAAUUGACGAAAGGAGGAGCUGGAGGAGGAGAGAUUGGUGCAAGUACUGAAGAAGACGGAUUGGGUGAAGAUAAUGACAAUUAUAACUAUACUGAUAAUAUUAAUAAUAAUAAUAAUGAUGAUGAUGAUGAAAACCUUUUGCCAAGUGAAUUGAAAAACAUGGAUGAGUUGUUAUUGAUCAAAGUUAUUCAAGAAUAUCUUGUCAAACAGGGUAAAGCUCAAGUUUUGUUGAACGAGUACAAUCAAAUAGGUGGUGUAAAAAUCGUGUAA